AUGGAACCAUUUAAUAUUUUAAAAAAAAUUGUGAUAUUUCAGGUUAUUAUUUGUUCCUUUGAAUAUCCAAAAAAUAUUUUAUACGAUAUAAGAAAAGGACAAAAUGUAUAUUCUCAAACAAAUUCAACAGUUUUUAGAAAUGAUAGAAUAUUAAAAGGUUCAAAACAUGAAUUAGAUGUAAAUUAUUUUUACGAAUCCGUUAUGAGUAUUGCAUCUAUGAAAGAUGAACAUGAAGAAUGCGGUGAAACACAGGGUGAAAAAUAUAACGAACAUAUUGUAAAGUUGCGUGAAAAUAACGAAAAAUAUAGAAAUAAAAAUAAAUAUAAAGAAACAGAAAUAUGUGAAGAUGAUUUGGAUUAUACAGAUAUUGAUAACUAUGUAGAUGAUGGGCAAGCAAGUGAAAUUGAUGAAAUAACAAGCGUAGAUGAUGAACUACUAAGUGUAUAUGAUAAAAGAGCAGAUGUAAGCAAUAAAAGGGCAAGCAUAGAUGGUAAAGGAUCAGAUGUAAGCAAUAAAAGAGCAAGCAUAGAUGGUAAAGGAUCAGAUGUAAGCAAUAAAAGGGCAAGCAUAUAUAAUGAACUAGCAAAAGUCGGUAAUAAAAGAGCAGAUGUAAAUGAUAAAAAACCAAGUAUAGAUGGUAAAGGAGCAGAUGUGAGCAAUAAAAGAGCAAGUAUAGAUGGUAAAGGAGCAGAUGUAAGCAAUAAAAGAGCAAGUAUAGAUGGUAAAGGAGCAAGUAUAUAUAAUGAAAUAGCAAAAGUCGAUAAUAAAAGAGCAAAUGUAAGCAAUAAAAGAGCAAGUAUAGAUGGUAAAGGAGCAAGUAUAUAUAAUGAAAUAGCAAAAGUCGAUAAUAAAAGAGCAGAUGUAAAUGAUAAAAGGACAGAUGUAAAUGAUAAAAAGGCAGAUGUAAAUGAUAAAAGGGCAGAUGUAAAUGAUAAAAAGGCAGAUGUAAAUGAUAAAAGGGCAGAUGUAAAUGAUAAAAAGGCAGAUGUAAAUGGUAAAAAGACAGAUGUAAAUGAUAAAAAGGCAGAUGUAAAUGAUAAAAGGGCAGAUGUAAAUGAUAAAAAGGCAGAUGUAAAUGAUAAAAGGGCAGAUGUAAAUGAUAAAAAGGCAGAUGUAAAUGGUAAAAAGACAGAUGUAAAUGAUAAAAAGGCAGAUGUAAAUGAUAAAAGGGCAGAUGUAAAUGAUAAAAAGGCAGAUGUAAAUGAUAAAAAGGAAGAUGUAAAUGAUAAAGGAGCAAAUGUCGAUAAUAAAAGAUUAUGUAUAGAUGAUGUCAUAUUAUAUAUAGAUGAUGGUCAUGUAAGUAUAGAUGAUGAUAUAUUAUAUAUAGAUGACGAUACUGCAAGUAUAGAUGAUGAUGACAUAAGUAUAUAUGCUAAUGUAAAUAUAGAUGAUUUUAAUGUAAAUACAAAUGAUGCUAGUGUAAAUACAAAUGAUGCUAAUGUAAAUACAAAUGAUGCUAAUGUAAAUACAAAUGAUGCUAGUGUAAAUAUAAAUGAUGCUAGUGUAAAUACAAAUGAUGCUAAUGUAAAUACAAAUGAUGCUAAUGUAAAUACAAAUGAUGCUAGUGUAAAUAUAGAUGAUGCUAAAGACUGUGUAUUUGAUUCUAAAAUGAGUAUAUUUGAUUCUAAAAACAGUCUAUUUGGUUCUAAAAUGAGUAUAUUCGAUUCUAAAAUGAGCAUAUUCGAUUCUAAAAUGAGUAUAUUUAAUUCUAAAAACAGUAUAUUUAAAUUUAAAAACAAUAUAUUUAAAUUUAAAAACAGUAUAUUUGAUUCUAAAAACAGUAUAUUUGAUUCUAAAAACAGUAUAUUUGAUUCUAAAAAGAGUUUAUUUGGUUCUAAAAAGAGUUUAUUUGGUUCUAAAAAGAGUUUAUUUGGUUCUAGAAAGAGUUUAUUUGAUUCUAAAAGGAGUUUAUUUAAUUCUAAAAGGAGUUUAUUUAAUUCUAAAAGGAGUUUAUUUAAUUCUAAAAGGAGUUUAUUUGAUUCUAAAAUGAGUUUAUUUGAUUCUAAAAUGAGUAUAUUUAAUUCUAAAGAUUGUAUAUUUGACGAUAAAGCAAAUACAUAUGAUAAUAAAGUAAGUAUGUUUGAUGAUAAAACGGGUAUAUUUAAUGGUAAAGCGAUUAUAUUUAAUGACAAGGCGAGUAUAUUUAAUGGUAAAACGGGUAUAGUUAAUGGCAAAGCGAAUAUAUUUAAUGACAAGGAGAGUGAAUUUGAUGAUACAGUAUACAUAUUUAACGAUAAAUCAAGUAUAUUUAAUGAUAAAGCAAAUAUAUUUGAUUAUAAAGUAUAUAUAUUUAAUGAUAAAGAUGACAUAGAUGAUAAUGACAGUAUAUUUGAUGAUAGAGUAUGUAUAUUGGAAGAUAACGAAAAUAUAAAUGAUGAUGAUGAUGAUGAAAGCAUAGAUGAUGAUCAAGUAUGGGUAUUUGAUGAUAAAUUACAUAUAUUUAAUGAUAAAGUAAAUAUAUUUGAUGAGGAGAAUAAUGUAAAUGAUGAUAAGGAAAAUGUAAAGGAUGAUAGGGAGAAUGCAAAGGAUGAUAAGGACAAUAUAGAUGAAAAUAGAGUAUGUGUAUUGGAUGAUAUUACGGAUAAAUUUGAAUCAUCAAGAGAGAAAAAUCAUAAUAAAAUAAAAUGUAAGCGAGAUUUGGUUAUACCUUCAGAUAAUCCAGUAAAAAAAAGAACAAGUUUUUCAUCAGAAUAUGAUCAUUUUAAACGAGUAAUAAAUAAUAGAAAUAUCUUGGUUAUUGAUUUCAAUAAUUAUGAAAGAGAAUAUAAUAGAAUUAUUUUCACAGAUUAUAAAACUCCCAAAUAUAAUGGUCGUAUCAAUACUACGUUAAAAAAAAAAAUAAUAAAUAUGGCUGUAAAUAUAAUAAUUGGUAUUUUAGUUAUUGGGACUAUUGGUCCUUCACUUCCUUUUAUGUUUACAAAGAAAGAAACUUUUGGUAGUCAAAUAAAAAAAAUGUGGAAAUUUUACAAAAAAAAAGUUCCAAUAAAAUUCCAAAAAAAAUAA